AUGUCUUGGGAAGUUGACAGCGAAGAGCUCACGAACUUCUCUUCUAGCAAAACGUGGAACGCAGUUAGAAACAGGGGACCCACUCGGAAUUGGACACAAAACAUCUGGUUUAAGGGGCAUGUUCCUAAGCAUGCUUUCACAAUUUGGAUUGCUCACCAAGAUCGACUUCCAACCAGAUCUCGUUUGUCUAGCUGGGGGAUGAACGUAUCUCCGUUAUGCUGUCUCUGCGCAGUUUAUGAAGAAAGCAGAGAUCAUCUCCUGCUGCGUUGUGAAGUUAGUGAAUCAGUCUGGGAAUUGGUCUUGCAGAGACUGGGAUAUAAUCCUUUUGGUUUUCAUACAUGGACAGCUUUUUCAGACUGGCUCUCCAUGCGCGACAAAGUCACAAGCAGAACUCUCAAACGACUUGUUGCCCAAGCGACGAUAUCGAGCAUAUGGACAGAACGAAACAAACGCUUGCACGAAGGUGAAGCUCGGACGCCACAAGGGAUAUUCAGAAUCAUUGAUCGCUUCAUAAGAGACACCAUCCUUGGAAAAAUAAAAAGGAAAGAGUUCAUGUCUCUUAUGCAGCAAUGGCUACGUCGUGAGUAA